AUGCAUUUCAGUACGACGAUUAGAAAAAAAGGGUUUUCGCAAAGAUUGGAAGCUGUUAAGGGUUUAGAAAAUAGAUCAAGAGAAGAUAAAGCAACUUUAUUAGCAGCUGUAGAAACUCAAAGAAAUACAAGGUUAAUCAAAGAUUUAAUCAUCCAUAUUGUUUUUUUUGCAGUUUUUUUAUUAAUUGUAAUCUUACAAUUAAAUCCAUCAACUGUAAAUAACAUAAAUACAUCAUUAAAAAAUUCAUAUUUAUUCAGUGGUGAUGUACCCUAUAUGGAUAUCAAGUUUUCUGAUGAUUUUAAACAGUAUUUAACAACAACAUUUUGUGAAACUGUAUUAUCAAUGUCACUAGAUAAUGAGGAUGCAAUGAAUAAAAUUAUUGGUAAUACUAUUAGAAUUAGAACUACUAGAAUUAAACCAGGUUCAUGUACUGAUAAUGGAUUAAACUUAACAUGUUAUUCAAAUUCAUAUGAUGGAUCAACUAAAGAUAGAUCACCAUAUGGUCCAAAUGGCAUAUAUACUUAUACAAGUAAUACACAUGGUUCAUUUGUGUUUGGACAUAAUCAAUAUGUUUGGGAUAGAUCUGGUUACUAUGUCGAUAUUUCUGUUAAAAAUGUUACCAUGGAAAUUCAACAAUUAAUUGAUAAUGAUUUCAUCGAUGUCCAAACAAGAGCAGUAAUUAUUUCAUUUUCAACUUUAAAUUUAAAUUUCCAAUCUAGAACAACUUUAACAGAAUGGCCAGCUUCAGGUGAAGUUAACCCAUACUAUUCAGUUAGAACAUAUAGAGUAAACAUGUAUAUGGAUGCAGUCGAUAGAUUUAGAGGUUUUCUCGAAACUGUAUUCUUUUUAUUUUUAAUUUAUUAUGUAUACUUUUUCAUUAAUGAAGCUAGAAUCGAUUAUCAAUUAAAUAGAUUAAGAAAUUAUUUACUUUCAUUAAAAAAUUCAUUUGAUAUAAUAAAUUUAACUGUAGGUAUCAUUUGCGGCAGUGAUAAUUCAAGAGAGGUUUCAUUAACUGAUGAAACUAUAAAAUAUCCAUUAUAUUUAGAAAACUUGGGACAAACUGCUUUAGUUUUAUAUCAAAUUUCAGCAAUAAAUAUUUUAUUAAUGGCAUUUAAAACAUUUAGAUUUUUAAUUAUUCAUAAACGUUUGUAUAUUUUAUGGAUUGCAAUUUCACAGUCAAAACUUCAAUUAAUUACAUUUACAAUUAUGUUUUGCAUUAUAAUGUUGGGUUUCUUAUUCUCUGGUUGGUUGACUUUUGGUCCAGAUAAUGCAGCUUAUAAUGGUUUUGUUACAUCAUUAGGUACUUUACUUCAAUUUAUUAUUGGUAAUCCACCUGAUUAUGAAGCAAUGUCUUCAACAAAUAGAGCUCUUGGUCCAAUUUAUUAUUUAUUAUUUACUAUUUUUAUGUUUUUCAUUUUAAUGAAUAUGUUUAUUGCUAUUAUUUCAAAAUCAUAUGAAGGUAUUAGCGAUUCAUUCGAUAAAAAACAAAGAAGUAAAAGAUAUUUAAUGACAAAAUGGGAAAAGUCAAUAAAAUCAUUUCAAUUUUUAUUUAGAAAAGAGAUUUAUGACAUCUAUGAUAUAUCUCUAAUGCUUAUUGAUCAAAGACCGGGUUUAAUAGAAACUCCUGGUAUUGAACCAUUAACUUUUAAAGGUGAAUUAACAGCUUUAAUACCAACAAUAAAAGACGAUGAAUCAUCCUAUUAUGCAGAUUUGUUAAUGAAAAUUUCAAGAACUCGUCAUAAAUAUCUUGAAGAAAUUCAAUCAUCAAAAAAUACAGGUAUUACAUUCGAAUUGAAAUUAGUAGGUUCACCAAAUGUACACAAAAAAGAUUUUGCAACUUGGGAAAAAGAAAAAUCAAAAAAAAAAAAAGUAGAUGCUUUAUCAAAUAGAGUCGAGGAAUUAAAUGCAAAAUUAGAUUUAAUAUUACAACAUUUAAAUGUUCAAUUGCCACAACCUAUACCACCUCCAACCCAAUUAGUUAAUAAUAAUAAUAAUAAUAAUAAUAACAAUAAUAGCAAUGGUACUAUUGGUAGUAAUAGUCGUAGCAAUAGUAACUCGAGUAAUUUUAAUGGUAUAAAUAUUUCUGGUGGUAAUCCAUAA